AUGUUGCGUUCCUCGCAGUUCCUAGCGAGUCUCUUGACUCUGGUUGCGUCGUCUCCGGCCCUAGAGAAACGACAAGCUCCCUUGUCGACAUUCAUUCCUCAGGAGCAAGCUAUAUCCAUCCAGGGCGUCCUGGCCAACAUCGGUGGCCUCAACUCCACUUGGGUUCCAGGUGCCAGCCCUGGCGUCGUCGUCGCGUCUCCCUCAACAGUCAAUCCUAAUUAUUUCUACACUUGGACUCGUGAUUCGGCAUUGACUUACAGAAUGCUCAUUGAGGAGCUGGUAUUCGGAAACUUGACUCUGAGAAAAACCAUCGAGGAUUACACCACUGCUCAAGCCAUUCUGCAGACCGUCACCAACCCCUCUGGCUCGCUAUGGCCAGCAGGCGACGGCCUCGGGGAAGCCAAGUUUUAUACCAACCUUACCAGGUUCGACGGCACCUGGGGUAGGCCGCAGCGUGAUGGUCCCGCCUUGAGGGCCAUUGCCUUUAUGGAUCUGGCUCCUGUCCUUUUCAAGUUGAACGAAACGGCUCUGUACAAGCAGAUCUAUUGGCCGCUGGUCCUCAACGACUUGAGAUACGUGGGCCAGUAUUGGAAUCAGACGGGCUAUGAUCUCUGGGAGGAAGUCCACGGAUCGUCUUUCUUCACUAUCGCCAACCAGCAUCGCGCUCUUGUCCAAGGAGCUCUUCUGGCGAGACAGCUAAACACAACCUGCUCACCCUGUGCUCAGGCACCUCAAGUCCUGUGCUUUUUACAGAACAAUUUCUGGAACGCCACUGGGGGUUACCUCACGGCUGACGUGAACGUCAACAACGUCAUUCGUAGCGGUAUCAACUCGGACCCGAUUUUGGCAAGCAUCUCGGUUUUCGAUGCGAACGCUACGUGCAAUGCUAGCGACUUCCAGCCUUGCGACUCAAAGAUGCUCGCCACACACAAAGUCCUGGUUGACAGCUUCCGCAAUCUCUAUCCGAUCAACAAAAACGCACCACCUCCAAACGCUGUGCUAAUUGGCAGAUACCCGGAGGACACCUAUUACGGCGGCAACCCUUGGCCACUUUGCACCCUUGGCGCCGCAGAAAUGCUCUAUGAUGCCGUCCAUCAAAUCAGAACUGCUGGUCAGCUCACCGUAGACAACUACAGCCUUCCAUUCUUCACCGAUCUUUUUCCCACCAUCAGCAUCGGACUCUACACGGGAAAUGUGAUGAACCAGAUCUUAGCCAACAUGACAACAUAUGCGGACGGCUUUGUCUCUGCUGUCCAGCAACACCUCCCCUCCAACGGCAGCAUCUCAGAACAAUUCGACCGCACCACCGGCUUUUCCACCUCCGCGUCCAAGUUAACCUGGUCAUUCGCUUCCUUUGUGACCAUGUCCCGUCGUCGGGCAGGUCAAUUCCCAAUGAGCUGGGGUGCCUCGCGUCCAUUAGCGAACACGAACCUCACAAGAGGCCAGUGUCGUGGAACGAGUUUUAACGCCACGGGGAAUUAUACGCCGGCCCUCGCAGCCGGGGCGCCCAAUGUGACCAAGGACUGCGAAUCGGAAGUGAUCUUCAGCGUCAACGCCACAACAUCGUUCGGGCAGAACGUCUUCCUUUUGGGGAAUGUCACGAAGCUAGGUGGUGCGCUGAACAACGCGGACGAUAUCAUCCUCCCUCUGAAUCCGGGGAACUACACGUCUACGAAUCCCGAGUGGUACGUGGACCUCUGGUUGAAGGCCGGCCAGUUCGUGGCGUACCAGUACGUCCUACAAAGCGGAGCGCAGUGGGUAUUUGAAGAGCACCCUGUGAGGACUCUGCAGGUUGGAGCGUGCGGCAGUGGACGGGUCGCCCGGGCGAACGACGUGGCCGCAUUUCCUUCUUAG